AUGGAUUGCGAGGCCGUUUCUGUUUCCCCAAUGUCCCUUGCUGCGCUAGAUGCACUUGAGAACCUUCUGACAGAGUUUAUUGAACCUUUGCAUAUAUUCCAGCGCCAGAACAUUGUAGACUCUUUCGCCCGACUCAAUUUUCUUACAGAAGGAACAAAGCAACCAAAGCUGUUUCAACUUGAGUGCCUCAUGUCAUUGCUCACAUCAAGACAUGUUGUUGUCUGGGCUGCAACAGGUGCUGGCAAGACACUGGCAAUGAUCCUUCCCUUGCUGCUCUCUCCCAACAAGAUUGCAAUCACUGUCACACCAUUGAAGCUUUUGCAAAAAGAUCACGUCAACGAGUUUGUCCAGUAUGGCAUUCCCUCUAUCGCAAUCAACCAUGAUACCCCACAUGACAAGACACUAUGGAAUCUGCUGGCCGCUAUAAAAAACUUGCUUGUUGCUCUGGAACAAUUUUUCCUGGAAGGUGGACACAUUUCCCGCCUCGCUUUGCAGCUAAAAGAUCCAACAUUCACCAAGUGCAUCGGUUUCUUCUUCAUUGACAAAGCACAUUUCAUCAUUACUGCCGGAGAAGCUCAGAUAGGCGAAAAACUUCCCUUCCGCCCUGCAUAUGGAAAACUCGCAGAAGUAUUGAUCCAGCUUCCGGUGGAUGUGCCUGUCGCACUAUUUUCUGCAACUCUCCCUCUGCAGACACUGGAGAAGGUUUUAAAAUCUCUCAAUCUUCCGCGCGACAAGAUGGAUGUCAUCAAACUCUCUACCAAUCGCCUGAAUAUCAUGCAUGCAGUAAUACCCAUGCUCGACUCCAUCAAAAACUUCAGUAACUUAGAUUUUCUCAUUCCUUUUCCAUUCCAUCCCCCGAUGUCUUAUCCUCCAAAAUGCCUGAUAUUUAUCGACCACAAACUUCGCACUGCAGGUGUCGCACGAUACCUGAAUGGUUGUCUUCCUGAAGCUGGCAUCAAUGUCCCAGAUAUACGUCUGGUAGUGCAGUUUGGUGUUACCGUCAACCUCCUUGAACACGAGCAGCGGGCAGGGCGAGCUGUUCAAUACGAAGGUGUAUCUUGCUGCGAUCAACAUCUCGAUGAAUCCUGGAACAUCAACUAUUUCGUCCCUGGCCAAACUCUACAGUCAGUCAUCGCACAGCCCAUCAAUCACGAGCCAGGCAUAAACAUCGACUCAGAUGCACAAGUUCCACCAAAGAAGACUCGCAAGAAAUAUCGACCAACGAAACAACACUCAGCCUUGGAAGAAGUGCUCAAAGUCUGGCGUCAUACAGUCGUCUCGAAUGACACUGCUCUUCAAGGUUGGCCUGCCAAGUGGAUCCUUUCUGAUCAACAUAUUGAGAGCGAGGAGUGGAGUACGUUUUUCGGCAAUGGAGUACAUGGUGUCAUCGAUUCAUACAACAAGUCUCUCCCAAGGAAAGCACGACGUGUCAUGCAGAAGCCUCCUGCCAAUGCAACAGCUACUGACAGAGACCUCGAAUCCGAGGACGAUAACCCAGGACAACAGAUUCCUCAUGCUCUCCCUGUUGAUUCCAUUCCGCUUCUCUCGGACUUUGUGGCAGAUGUAUACGACACAGAUGCAAUACUUGUCAACCCAUAUAGCUCUGCAUCUUCACCACCUUCCAGCCAUUGUUCGACACCUGAUUUAGACCUCUCACUGUCCGAGUCUCUCACAGCACGCCAUUCAUGUCCUGCAUCAUUCGCACAAAUACAUGCCUCGCCAAAUUCACGACCAUGGAAGAGAGUAAUGCUAUAA